AUGACCUCCCCUCAGGUAACGCUCAAUCCCUCAUUCUCAGCUCUCGGGCCAUUCCCUCAGCACGCAAGGGAACAACAUUUCCUUUCCCCGGCAUUCCCUUUUCCUGCUUCUCGACCUCCGCUGUACUCGGAGAUUGGAAGAGGGAGAUGGACCUCUGCCCUGGCUGAUGGGGGGGAAGUAGGCUGGAGCAGCGUCUGGCUAGAAGAAGGGGAAUUGGCACUUAGCUAUCCUCAAGUCAGGUGGAAAGAACUUCGCUCAACUGCGGGUUGGGCAGCGUUGCAACAUCAUUCUCUGCUGCAUACGACCCUUUCCCUCCCCGCACUCUCAAGUUCCUACACACUAGAACUCCGGGUCACGCAAGCGUCGUUCUUCUGCCUCCUCCCGCGCGAGAGGAACCACACAGACACAGACAGCGUAGAAUGGCAUCAUGCGAACAUAUACGCCCUGGCGCACUACCCGCCUAGUCCUUUCCCCCUCCUCCCUUCCCCAGCAAGGGAGUACGACCUAUACAUCUCCGCAGACUACGAGAUCCGGCUAUUUGGCGACCCACAUGCAAGUACUGCCGGGGACGUACCAGUGACGCGGAUAGGCGUCUCUGCCGUUCUGAAGGAAUUGACCCAGGGCCCGCAGGCGUGGGGGGAGGAAGACGUCGUCCCUGAUGUGGUUGGUGGGUGGGCGUUAGGGCACGCGUUCGGCCUGGGGCUGAGAGGGGGGGCGGAGCGUGUGAGGCUCCUCCGUGUGAGCUUAACUGACUGCCCAGGGCUGCAGCUACAGCUAUCCCCCAAGGAAGAAAGGUGGACGCUCUCCCCGCUGCAAGUACGCGUGCUGCCCGUUCCCUUCCUGCAGAUCUCUUCUCUGCCACCCUCGGUCCAUGAGCUGGAGUUCGACCUCCAUUUCUCUUCCUCAGGGGAAGGGGAAGGGGGAGAGUACACGUACACCAUCCGCCGUUCACUCCCUCUCCGGCACCGGAGGGCUUGGUGGGAACAUACAUCGCACGAGCCUUUGCUGGCAACCUACUUCCUCUCCGGGCAUCCUCAGGCGUUCCUCGCUCUCCCGCCUCUCCACCCUCACCCUCACCCCCAGCCCCACCCCCAGCCCCCGCUCCUCCUAGCACUGCACGGCGCCGGCGUCUCCCUCUCAUCUCCCUUCUGGCCCGCAGCCCUAGAUCGCCAAGCGCACAGCUGGGCCUUAUUCCCUUCAGGCGGCACGGAAUGGGGCUUAGACUGGCACGGGCCCUCGGCACAAGAUGUUUGGGGUUGUGCAGGUUCCUUCCGUUCGCUCCUCUCUCCCUCAACUUCCACUUCCACUUCUGCUCCUCGUCAGUGGGCAACCUACGCCCCCGGGGAGAAGACAGUAUUGAUAGGCCACUCAAAUGGCGGUCAAGGCGUUUGGUACCUCAGCUCGCGAUACCCCGACCUAGUCCGCUCCUCCCUCCCGGCCUCAGCCUGGCUCACACCAGCACACUACGUCCCCCUGACCUUUUCCCGCUCUGCGCACUUCCUCGAUCCCUUCCUCCGGGGAAUCCUGGACUCAGCCCUAAUGGGCGAGGGGAACGACCUCUUUCUCUCUAACUUGCUUGGGUCCAAUGUGCUCGCUCUCCAUGGAGGGGGGGACGAGAAUGUCCCCGUGUGGAUGACACGGAAGGCUGUUGGGCUCGCUAAAUCCUGGGGCGCCAAAAGAGUCGAAUAUGACGAAAUAGAGCGAAAAGGACAUUGGUGGGACGAGGUAUUCCGUUCCCCUCGCGCAAGGGCAUUCCUUGAUCAGGCACUCAACCCCCAUCGGGAGGCUAGGGAGGUUCCGGAGAAAUGGACACUUACGGUUCAGGACCCAUUUGAGGCGGGGGGGAUGUUCAACUGGUCGAUUGAUGAGCUCCUUCUCCCUGGUAGGCUGGGGAGGCUUUCUGUCCACCGGGCGCAGGGGGAGGGCGAGGUGCAGGUGCGCACGACGAAUGUGCAUGCGUUUUCUGUUGGGGAGCUGGGUGGCCCACCGGGCAAGAAGCUGCAGGUGAGGGUAGAUGGCCAGCUGCUCCCUUCUUCACAGGGGAAGUGGGUGCUUACCUCCUCCGGCUGGGCAGCUGCAGCCAGCGCAGUCAACGCAGUCAACCCUCUCCCCCUUCCCCCAGUCCCUGCAGGCCCAAUAUCCUCGAUCCUCACUUCCCAAGGACCUAUCACGCUUGUCCUCCCCCGCUCCCCCUCCCGAUCCCGCUCUGGGCACGCGUCUGUUGCGGCUAGGUUGGCGAGAGCAGUGUUCCUUUAUCUGAGGAUUGACGUGCAGAUCGUGUUUGAUGAUGAAGUGCUGGGACUGGCCGGCGACGAGGGUCGAACCGAUGGGGAGAGGGGAGAGGUGCAAGGGUUGGAGAAAUUGGGAAAAGGGAACUUGAUCCUCCUCGGUGGGUGGGAGAACCUCCUUACCCGCCGUCUCCUGCAAGCCAACAAGUCGUUCACAUUCGAAGGAGGACAUCUGCACCUCUCGGGGCACACCUUCUCUUCCCCCGGGCUGGGGGUGCUUUUCCUCCUCCCCCACCCUCGCCCUCACCCCACCUCUUCUUCCUUGGCGCUAGUGCUCACCGGCACCGACCCCUCAGGCCUAGAACGCGCACUCCGCGCUUUUCCACUCAGGACGGGCGUGCCGGUUACUCAGUGGAUGGUACUGGGUGACGAAGGGGACUGGCAGGGUUUGGGAGGGGUCAGGGCGGCGGGGUGGUGGGAUCGGAGUUGGGGCGUUGGGGGGGGAUGGUUUGCUUGA